AUGCCAGCUUAUCACGCCCCACUGUCACAUUUGCGUCUUGUCUUAUUCUUAUUCUUCCACCUCGCAAUCGACGCGAUGGCAGCAGCGCUCGAAAACCAAAGCCUAGCAAGCCUAUGCUCAGGACCAACAUUCGCCAAAGCCAAAUCUAAAUCAAUCCUCAUCCUCGCCAAAGCCAAAACAGGCCCUGGCACCGGCUAUCUCGUCGCCCACCGAAACACGCUUCCAGGCAUCUGCGCAUACCUCGCGUCAGAAGAAUCGCUCAUUGGCACGUGGCGCGUGGCGCCAGCCAACGAAGCCUUGGAAUGGAUGCGCGAAGCAGAGAGCAGUGUCCCUAAGAUCGACCUCCUCCGUACGCGCCAUCGCGCUAGUACAGUGACAUGUGCGAUAUUCUACUGGAUAUGCCAAAUCAUGGAGAUCCAGGGAGUACACGAAAACCCACUUUGUCAGGCCCAUAGCGUCCCCGUGACUGCGUUCAAGUCUGUCAUGAAAGCCCUCGACAAGGAUUGGGAUUCCGAUGCGCUCGUUGACCGUGUCAAAUCUCAACUACAAGCAAUCGCUUCUUCAGGUCCAUAUUCGAAUCCCCGCACUCGCACUCGCCCUUCCGUCUCGCCACAAAAAUCACCAUCCAAAUCCGCCAUGAAAACCAAAGCCAUACCACAGGAUAUCACUCCAUCAAAACCCCUCGCGCUCAAGCGUGCUGUAGCCUUCUCCCACAGUACCAUCGACGAUAGCUUAUUACCCGAGACCCCAACUAAAAGACGUCGGGUUGAGUCGCCUUCUAAAUCUGGGGCGAGCGUUUCGCGCCCCAGACACAUAACGGCGGCACAGGAAACAGGAUCCACAGCUGCGUUUGAACAGGCUAUGAGGGGAGAUUCCGGUUCCGGUUCUGGUUCUACCCCGCGCCGUGAACACCCAAAACUAGGUGGAGAGCCCACUCCAAUGCCUACUCCAACGGCAAUGGAAGUCGACGAACAGCAAGCAGAGACAGAGAUAGAGAUAGAGACAGAGCCUGCCCAGCCUCCUGUGCGCAACCGUUUCCGGCCAGUGUUCCUGGACCAAAAACAGUGGUGCAGUCGGGAUCCGAGGCUCGGUAAGAUCUGGGAUGCUGCUGUUGAGCAUCGGGUGCAGAUGAUGGGGCUUUAUGUGCAUCCGUUUGAGCGGUGGAUGGUGAGGUGA